UGUGUGUGUGUGUGUUGCAGUGUGGAAGGUGAUGCUCCAGGCAGCGAGGUGGGCGCCUCUGUGGACCCCAGCAGCGGCUACAGUUGCGUCCCAGUGACCCACAGUGGUGGGCUCGGCCCCAGCCACCUGGACAACCAGUUCUACGGUCACAUCUUGCUGCCCGGCCACCCACGGCCCCGCCGACCUAAGCUCCAGCACUCCCAGUCUAUCCUCCGCAAGCAGGCAGAGGAGGAGGCCAUCAAGCGGUCCCGCUCACUGUCAGAGAGCUAUGAGCUCUCAUCAGACCUACAGGACAAGCAGGUGGAGAUGCUAGAGCGUAAAUAUGGUGGCCGCUUUAUAACUCGGCAUGCAGCCCGCACCAUCCAGACAGCUUUCCGCCAGUACCAGAUGAACAAGAACUUUGAGCGUCUUAGAAGUUCUAUGUCUGAGAACCGUAUGUCCAGACGGAUCGUCCUAUCCAAUAUGAGAAUGCAGUUUUCCUUCGAAGGACCUGAAAAAGUCCACAGCUCCUACUUCGAGGGAAAGCAGGUCUCACUAACAGAUGAUGGCACCAAAAUCGGCACACUGGUGCAGUCAGAGCAUGGUGAGGAGAUGGGGGUACAGGCUAAGACCCCCACGACACAGAGUGACUUCACAGACGCUAUCACAGAACUAGAAGAUGCCUUCUCUAGGCAGGUCAAAUCUCUAGCUGAGUCCAUAGAUGACGCUCUAAACUGUCGCAGCCUACAUGGUGACGAUAGCCAGUCUGAGCCAGGUAGAGGCCACCAGGAUAUGGACAGGGAGGUUAGUUGCCCGGUGAAACCCUCCCACAGCGCCUCAGAACACCGAAAACUAGACGAAAUGACAGCAUCUUACAGCGAUGUCACCCUUUACAUCGAUGAAGAGGAGCUGUCACCACCCCUGCCUCUGUCUCAGUCUGUAGACCGACCCUCCAGCACAGAAUCAGACUUGCGUCAGCGUUCCCUCAACUCCUCCCAGGACUACUGGUCCCUGGCCCAUAAGGAUGAGAAAGGGGACACGGACACCAGCUGCCGCAGUACACCGUCCCUGGAGUGCCAAGAGCAGCGUUUGCGGGUAGACCACCUACCCUUACUGACCAUCGAGCCCCCCAGCGACAGCUCUGUAGAGCUGAGCGAUCGCUCUGACCGAAGCUCUUUGAAGAGACAAAAUGCCUAUGAACGGAGCAUCAGCAACCAACAGAGCAGCCCCAAACACAUCAGCCACAGCCUGCCACCCCGAGGGCCUUCCAGAGAAGACGACAGCACUCGCCAUCGGCCACGACAACUGGAGGCCCACCUGGCCAUCAAUGGCACUGCAAACCGCCAGAGUAAGUCAGAGUCUGAUUUCUCUGAUGGUGACAACGACAGCAUCAACAGCACAUCGAACUCGAACGACACCAUCAACUGCAGCUCCGAGUCCUCAUCCAGAGACAGUCUGAGGGAGCAGACACUCAGCAAGCAGACGUACCACAAAGAGACUCGCAACAGCUGGGACUCGCCUGCAUUCAGCAAUGAUAUCAUCCGCAAGAGGCACUACCGCAUCGGCCUCAACCUCUUCAACAAGAAACCAGAAAAAGGCAUCCAGUAUCUGAUAGAGCGAAACUUUGUUCCAGACACUCCGGUGGGUGUGGCCCACUUCCUGCUCCAGAGGAAGGGCUUGAGUAGACAGAUGAUUGGAGAGUUCCUGGGUAACAGGCAGAAACAGUUCAACCGAGAUGUCCUUGACUGUGUGGUGGAUGAAAUGGACUUCUCAGGUAUGGAGCUGGAUGAGGCGCUCAGGAAAUUCCAGGCACACAUCAGAGUCCAGGGAGAGGCGCAGAAGGUUGAGCGGCUGAUAGAGGCCUACAGCCAACGCUACUGCAUCUGCAACCCUGGUGUGGUACGCCAGUUCAGGAACCCAGACACCAUCUUCAUCCUGGCCUUUGCCAUCAUCCUACUUAACACCGACAUGUACAGCCCCAACGUCAAGCCUGAGAGGAAGAUGAAGCUGGAGGACUUUGUUAAGAACCUUCGAGGAGUGGAUGAUGGGGAGGACAUCCCUCGAGAGAUGCUGGUAGGGAUAUAUGAGCGGAUUCGAAAGCGGGAGCUCAAGACUAAUGAAGAUCAUGUGUCCCAGGUUCAGAAAGUGGAGAAACUUAUUGUAGGGAAAAAGCCGAUUGGCUCUUUACACCAUGGUCUGGGCUGCGUACUAUCCCUUCCCCACCGGAGGCUGGUCUGUUACUGCAGGCUUUUUGAAGUGCCAGACCCCAACAAACCACAAAAGUUGGGUCUGCACCAAAGAGAGAUCUUCCUCUUUAAUGACCUGCUAGUGGUUACUAAAAUUUUCCAGAAGAAAAAGAACUCUGUGACGUACAGUUUUCGGCAGUCCUUCUCACUUUAUGGCAUGCAAGUGCUGCUCUUCGAGAAUCAGUAUUAUCCCAAUGGAGUCCGGCUGACCUCAGCCAUUCCUGGAGCUGACAUCAAAGUCCUCAUCAACUUCAAUGCUCCCAACCCUCAGGACCGCAAAAAGUUUACUGAUGAUUUGCGUGAAUCUAUUGCUGAAGUCCAAGAGAUGGAGAAGUACCGAAUAGAAUCUGAGCUGGAAAAACAGAAGGGGGUGGUGAGGCCCAGCAUGUCCCAGAGUUCGGGGUUAAAGAAGGAAACGGGCAACGGCAACCUGAGUCGAGCAAGCCUCGACGACAGCUAUGCCAUCGGUGAAGGUUUGAAGAGGAGCGCCCUUAGCAGCUCCCUGCGUGACCUCUCAGAUGCAGGCAAGCGUGGGAGACGCAGCAGUGCAGGAUCACUAGACAGCAAUAUGGAAGGGUCCAUCAUUAGCAGUCCUCACAUGCGGCGGAGAACUCCCUCCAGCCGAGACUGCCCGUCGCGCCACAGCGGCCAGUCUCUGCCCAACUCCUCCUCACUUCUGGGUUCUCUGUUCGGCACCAGGCGGGUGAAGUCUCCCAGCCCCACCCCUCAGACCCCACACCCUACCCUCAUCUCCCACACCCCGCAUCCCACCAACCUGCACCACACAGCCCGGGUGGAGACGGACGCUCCCGUCACCAUGCACCCGCACCACGCCCAGUUCUGCCACAUGACCCAGAACCCCCCGCCUUACCACCACCACCACCACUACCACCCGCCGGCCCACUUGCAGCACCCGCCGCACCAGUACCACCCGCCCCCUUCUCACGGCCAGCAGCCCCCGUUCCCGCCUCACUCUCACACGCAGCACAGCCACGGGAGCCACCCGACCCACCCGGCACACUCCUCCCACCCGACGCACGGCCCUCACCACCACGGCCAGCCGUCAGCGCCGUCCCAGGCCCCCGGCAGCACCAAGCCCAAGCACAGCGGCAUCAGUACGGUGGUGUGAGGCGCGAGGGAGCCUCUCUCCGGGCUCACUGACUGAACUUUGAUUUUACUCCGAGGCUCUCAGCUGAUGAUACGGUCGCACUGUGCAUCGCUGGUCUGCUUCUCCAGGGAGAUGUGAAGCUAGACGAGAUUGUGUGCCUCCUUCAGCGUUUUUUUUUUUUCUUAGAGGGCAGUUUAUUCAACACAGUUCUUUUCCGGUUGCUCAUUUCAGAUCAUAAUUCAUGCCUCAGGAGCAACAGACGACAACGCAAGAGCAUGCACAAAGACCACACCUACUGUUUCUCCUCAGUAAAUUAAAGGAACAUGAUCAAAUAUCUCGCUUACUAGUACUUUACAGAAGAAGUAAAUAGUAAUCUCGACUUUAAUGUCUACAAAGUGAUUUUAACUAGGAUGGUUUGGCUGAACAGACAGACAGACAGACAGACAGACAGACGGUCAGCCUCAGCAGUAGCUGUACGAGUAUUUAAUGUAGCGGUAGCUCACAGUGCACUGUGAUAUCUCUGUUAGCAGUGAUAAAUGUGCCAAUUAUCGAAGCAUUUACUAAUUUAGUCACAAAAAUUGCUUUAUGUAUAUUGUGCAUAGUAUUUUGUAAAAUAAUAUCAACUGUUAUAAUUAUUAUUACAGAACAAAUGGCAUCAAUUACAAAUCUCAGUAUUAUACUCGCACAUAGGGGCCGUAGUUUCACUGUUAAGAGACCAAUCAAAGCUUUCAUUAGGCAACGCAGUACACUGGAAUACUACUGUAGACGGUUGCCUUUGAGUUAGAACUCUGUUAAGAUCGCUGAAGGCCGGCGAAGACCUGCACAAACGGCCUGCGUAUACCUUCAUCCACUUACACUCGUCAUCGGUUCACAGUCGCGUCUCUGUCUCCGCCGUGGAAAAAGUAGCCACGGCGAGCUGCUGAGCAAAACAGAUUCAUCCGAAUGUCCGCCCCCUUCAGUACUAAGCUGCUCGUCCGCUCGUCAUUUUAUUUUUCUAACUACUUUUUCAGAGUCUAAUAAACAUUAUCAAAUGCUUUGUAUGUUGUCCUGCAGCCUGGUAGGAUUCUACAAGCCCGAUCCGCAGGAGGAGGAAGUGUAUUUUUUUUUUUUUAAAUUUUGUUUGUGGGAAGUGGAAGGAGUCGAAACUGUGCAGAAGGGAAACAGCAACAUGACUGUCCAAGUGUCUCUCCUGACGUGGAAGCUCUCAGCUGGCUGAGUGUGCCCUGUCCCUCUCUUUCGGUUUCACCGUGCGUCUCUCUUGAGCAGCGAGAGUGUGCGCGGUGCAGUGCUGUUUACUCCCUCCAUCUGACUUUUUUUUUCUUCCCUCAGAGCCGCACGGACGAACACAGUAUAAAAAUCAAUAAUUAUCAUUCUGUGACGGCGUCGGCGCUCUCAUGCUUCACUCACCGCAAAUUUUAUAUCAAUCAUCAUUCUAGACAUAUUAUAGGACGGCUGGUUGUACCUCCCAGCCAUCCUGUGCACACAGUAUCUGUGGUGUGUGUUAGA